CUCUUAGAAUUUUUUUCUAACACAUGGAGUUGAAUUGAACAAUUUUACUACUUGUUAGAAUUAAGAGAGAAGAUUCUACAUACUUUGCCAUUAGCUUUCAUUGUAUUUGGUCCAGAACAAUUAUUAUAGACACUAUUGAAGAGUAGCCACGUAUAUAAAGGAAUUGAAUUUCUAUCAUCUUACUCUUCAACUACGUACCCAAUUCUUUAUAUAUUUAUUAUUAUUAUAUCACCUUUUUUGUGGAACAUACACAAUUACUAUUAGAAUAUAUGUUCUUAUUAUAUGAUUCAUAUAUAGAUAGAUCAAUUCAUCACUGAGUUGUGAGUAAUUGAAGGCUGUUCAACUUCAACUUCAACCUACUAUAUCACAAUAAUGGAUGAAAAGGUGGAAGCUCUUCAAGUGGAAUUGCAACGUGUGAAAGAGGAGAAUAGUGCUCUAAGAUUGAUGUUUGAGGUUCUAAGCAACAAAUUCAAAAGCCUUCAAUCCCAAAUUCAAGAUAUAAACAAGGAAUCGGAGCAAAUAAUAGGCUUCAAUAAUUCAAUGCCUAUUGUUGACUCAACAAAUUGCAAGAGACCAAGACUACUAGAGUUUCCGACAGCUAAAAGGCCAUUGCAAAUCUUUGUCAGAAUCAACCCCAAGGAUGAUACUUUGAUGAUAAGAGAUGGAUACCAAUGGAGGAAGUAUGGACAGAAGGUUACCAAAGACAAUGUUUCACCAAGAGCCUACUUCAGGUGUUCCAUGGCCCCUAGUUGCCCAGCCAAGAAGAAGGUGCAAAAAUGCAUACAUGACAAGUCUAUAUUAGUUGCAACUUAUGAUGGAGAGCACAACCAUGCUGCAAUUCAAGAUUCUUCAAUGCCUUCUUCAUCCACUCCCAAAGGCUCAGUGGUUAAUAAAAAUAACAAUAAUAAUAGUAAAAAUAAUAAUGAUUUACCUCUUCCAAUCUUAGAAAAUUAUAAAAAAUGGUCUCAUCAAACAGAUUCAAUAAGACUAUGUUGUGAUGAUGUUACUAUGCAAAAAAGUAACACCAAAAUUGAAGAAUAUGCAAAUUCCUUAAUCAAAGAUCCUGAGUUCACUGCAGCAUUGGCUGAAGCAGUUGCACGCACCAUCACUGGUCAGAGUAAGGAACAAGACCUAAACCUCAAUUUGGGGUUCCAGCAGGGUGAUGAAAACUGAGAUCAAUUAAUGCAAUUGUAUAGAGAUUUUUUAAGGACUUCAAUAGUAGCAUAGUUUGUCAAAUUAGGAUGAAUUAUUAGUUUAGUUUGGUAAAUUGCUGUAUUUAAAACAAUGUAAGUUUAAUUAGUUUUAGCUCAUGCAAAAAUUAUGUGAUUGGUGUUAACUUCUC